AUGGCUGCCAACUCCUCUCAAUUUCGCCCCGUUGUGAUCAGCGGCCCCUCGGGCUGUGGAAAGUCCACACUGCUCAAGCGCUUAUUUGCGGAAUAUCCUGAUCGCUUCGGCUUCAGCGUCUCAAACACAACCCGUGCGCCUCGCCCCGGUGAGCAAGAUGGAAAAGAUUACAACUUCGUGACCAAGGAGGCAUUCCUUGAUCUUGUCGCUCAGAAUGGCUUCAUUGAACACGACGAGACGAUCCCGAUCACCGUCUACCCUCCAACACUUGUUCCCUCUGCCCUCGACGUAUACCAACAUACUAACCAUAUCUCCCCUCUAGCUCAAUUCGGUAGCAACUUCUACGGCACCUCAAAACAAGCCGUUAAGGACGUCGCCGAGAAGCAGCGCAUCUGUGUCCUUGACAUCGAAAUGGAAGGUGUCAAGCAAGUGAAGAACAGCGACCUGAAUGCUCGAUUCUUGUUCCUUGCCCCUCCCUCCAUGGAAGAGUUGGAGCGUCGGUUGCGUUCUCGGGGUACCGAGACUGAAGAUAGUUUGCGCCAGCGCCUGGCUCAGGCAGUCAAUGAGUUAGAAUUCUCCCAGCAGCCUGGCGCACAUGACAAGAUCGUCGUCAACGAUGAUCUGGAAAAGGCGUACGAGGAACUGCGAGACUGGGUGGUUGAUGGUGGUCGCUUUGGUGCUUCGCAAUAG